AUGUCUGAGAUUAAAAAGGAACAUUCCCCUAAGCUUGGUGUUCCAAAGCCAAUUUCUACGUCUUCACCAGCAGGGUUAGCAGCUGCACAAAUGGUUACACCAGGUAAAUUAUCAAGUCUUUUGUUAGAAAAAGGUCCAUUAGCCAUACGACACAUUACACAAACUUUGGGUACUGAAAUCCCAAGUUUCAAAGAUCUAUCUUCUUCGAAACAGAGAAGGUUGAUUAUGAGUGCAAUGGAGAUUGGUGAUCAAGAACAUUCGGUAGUGUUUGAGAAAAUUGGUUGGGGCCAAUGGACUGCAAAACCUGUUGCUCAUGAGUCGUUUAUACAGGAAAGAGACGCAACUAACAUUGCUAAUGCCAAGGUCAAGGAUAUCGUAUCACAAGAGAGUCAAAGAAGGAGGUCAAGCAGCAGUAAUGGUGCCAAGAGACCUCAAUUAACUUCAAAGAGAUCAAGUGCAUUAUCAGGACCUGCGUUUACAGCAUCUUCCUCAUCACCAACAAUGGUUCCUCAAGACGAAAAAAUCAAACAGGAACCACACGAAGGUGCGCCAGAACAAGAAAAGGAACGGGUGCCUGCAGCAUCCGCGCAACGGGUGCCUGCAGCGGCUUCACAACAGAACAUUCUUUAUAUAGAUGAGAAUGCGCUUGCGUCCGAUGAUGACGAGGAGGAUGACGAGGCAAUAGCUGAUGAAGAAGACGAGGACGAAGAAGAGGAAGAGGAAGGAGAAGAGGGGGAAGAAUUUCUAAAGCAUCGUUUGAAGGAGGAAGAUGAUAAAGAAGAUCCGUACAGUUUUAGAAGAAGGAAAAGCAGUGUGGUUUGGACCGAUCAUCCGUCAGAAGACAUGGAACACGAACUGCUAGCACGCCGUGUGCGACCUUUCCUGCAGAACAGAUCUCGUAGAUCGAGUUCCAAGGUGCGUAAUCCGUUAGUUUCCAAACCAUCAAUUCACCUAGAUUUUCAGCAGCCACCACAGCAACCGAGGUCUCGUCAGAACAGUAACCCCAUGAUAGACUUAGAACAGAUAACGAACUCUAUCAGUGAACCUACGUCGAGAAGGGAAAGUAGAGUUUCUUUCUCAAAGGAAUCAAGCAUUAGAUCGACUCUCCUCCCUCACAAGAGUUACCUUUGGUCGAAUACAAGGCAAGAUAGAAGAAAGUUGCAUCAUGGUAGGCGUCCGAAUGGACCCAAUUCUGGUGAACAUGCGUAUUCUGAUACCGAUGAAGAGGAUUGGGCUUCCAUCGGUGCUGCGUCGUUGAGAAAUAACAGUGUACCACCGAGGAUGGAUACAGUUUCUACUUCACCAAAUGGAUUCGUUGCACCUACAAAUCCCAGUGACACUGCUAGUAUACCGAACAUCGAUGAAAAAAUGACACCUGAUGGUAGCAGGAAUAAAGAGAAUCAAGAGAGAAGACCAGCAAGAUCCGCUGAUGAUAAUAACGCUGCCUUCUUACUGAUGAGCCUAAAGAGUUGA